ACGUUGUUAGAAUGAUGUCCUCAGAAGGCUAACAAAGUUUAUUUAAAGUGAUCGACAACUGACCCUCGCAGUCCGCUAGUCACAUUCGAAUCGAAAUGAAGUACCUUAUUGCUCUGUGUCUUUUUGUUGUUUCGGCUUACGCCCAGGCUCCAAAACCAUGUGAUUCUCCAGCACAGUGGGAGGCCAGAGAAAUUAGGCAAGAUUACUCAAAGAAGUUUGCAGAGUACCGUAAACUUAGUUAUGAUGAGACCAACAAAAGGAUUCGUGAGGUUGAAGAAAUCAUUAUUGGAACUGACAAAGAAUAUUACGAUAGACUUUAUUUAUUUAACGAGAACAAGAAUUAUUCAGUAGACUUGAAAACCAGAAAGUGUGUAGUAUCUGCUCUGACUAGGCCAUUCCGUUACAGAGGUGUCUACCCUCAGGCUAAAUUUGACGGUAUCUUUAACAUUGGAGCUGUCGGUGUUUCUGGAGAAGUUGUUGCCGUACAAGCAUGGUCUGCCAAUAUAACUGGAGGAUUCUUUUACACUGGUUUAGUAACAUAUCCUAGCUGUUAUCCCGUACAGAACAUCUACGUCAGUAAAGACUAUGGAUUUGAACAUUCCGAUUAUUUCGAUUUGAACAUUGGUAUUGUGGACUUGAACGUGUUUGUACCACCACGUGAAUGUGUGCAAGCAGAAAAAGAGUGGGAAAUGAAGAACAUCUCACCAAUUCAAGAUUACUCACGAAAAUUUGAGGAAUUUCGUAAAUUGAGUUAUGAUGAGACCAACAGGAGGGUACGUGAAGUGGAGGAAAUACUCUUGGGAUCAGAUAAAGAAUAUAUUGACAGACUCUAUUUGUACAAUGAGGCCAAGAACUACUCACUCAAUCUGAAAACCAAAGUAUGCACAGUAACAGCUUUAACCAGACCAUUCCGUCAUCGUGGUGUAUUCCCAGAUGCUAAGUUUGAUGGUAUUUUCAAUAUUGGUGCUGUCGGAGUCUCAGGAGAAGUAGUAGCAGUUCAAGCUUUCUCAGCAAACGGAACUGAUGGUUUUUAUACUGGUUUAGUAACAUACCCAAGCUGUUACCCCGUACAGAAUUUAUUUUUCAGUAAGGCGAGCGGAUUUGAACACUCAGACUACUUCGAUUUGAACAUUGGAAUCGUUGACCUGAAUGUUUUCAUCCCACCUCAAGAAUGUAUCAAGGCAGAAGAGGAGAUGAACAAGAAGAAGAUCAUGCCCGUCGUCCUCAUUUUUGUAUGUUUGGUAGUUUCGGCGUAUGCCCAGGCUCCAAAGCCAUGCAACUCACCACCACAAUGGGAGUCAAGAGAGCUGCGGACUGAUUACGAGCAGAAAUACCAGGAGUAUCGUAGAAUAAGUUACGAUGAAACCAAUAAACGUGAACGACAGAUAGCCGAGGUAGACAUUGGUGGAGACAAAGGUUAUUAUGAUCGUCUGAUCCUAUACAAUGAGAACAAAAACUACACAUUAAAUCUGAAAACCCGGAUUUGUACAGUGUCAGCUAUCAACAGGCCAUUCCAUUAUCGUGGUGUACAUCCUAAUGCUAAAUUUGAUGGACUUUUCGAACUAGGAGCAGUAGGAGUUCCAGGGGAAUUUGUUGCAGUCCAAGCAUUCUCAGCAAAUGAAACGAACGAAUAUUACACCGGCUUGGUAACAUAUCCCAGCUGUUAUCCAGUGCAGAACCUUCAUUUCAGUAAGACAUAUGGAUUUGAACAUUCUGACUACUUUGAUUUGCAUAUUGGUAUUACAGACCUGAAUGUGUUUGUUCCUCCAACAGAAUGUUCCAAGGCUGAACUGUCACAACAGAAAAUAGCACCAGUUGUAUAGUCUAUUGGAGGACAA